ACUACCCAGUGUUGCUCACCAACAAAGAAGCCCUGUACAUGCUCAGUUUGAUGAAAACAGAGGAAUAUCAGACCUUGUCAGAUUUAUGGCCCGGCGUGAGCUUAUCUCCACUGGGCUUGUGCAGUUUAAUGACCGUCCUGAAUGCUUUAGAGCUUGGAAAGCAUCCUUUAUGAAUUCUAUCAGAGACCUCAGCCUCUCAGCUAGUGAGCAGCUUGACCUUCUUGUAAAAUGGUUAGGCAAGGACUCAUCCGAACAUGCUAGACGCAUAAGAACUGUUCACGUGAAUCACCCAGAACAUGGACUCAGGGCUGUAUGGAAUCGGCUCAAUGAGUACUAUGGUGCACCUGAGGUAAUUGAAAACUCCUUGUUCAAAAGGCUGGAAAGCUUUCCCAAAGUGCAGAACAAGAAUGAGCUCAAACUAAGAGAGCUGGGGGACUUACUGAUGGAAAUACAGGCAGCAAAGGCUGAUGGGGACCUGUUCGGCCUCAGUUAUCUAGACACACCCCGCGGGAUUAACCCUAUUGUGCAGAAACUGCCAUUCUACCUGCAAGAGAAGUGGCUCACAUUAGGUUUUAAUUAUAAGGAACAACAUAGGGUCACCUAUCCCCCAUUCAGCUUCUUUGUGAACUUUGUGUGCCUGCAGGCAAGGAUGCGAAAUGAUCCUGGCUUCAUGCUGGCAGCAUCCAGCAACGAACAGUCUGGUUAUCACAAGCCUGCAUCAAAGUUAGAGAGCCAGAGGGCAGUAGCUGUUCUCAAGACAGGAGUGUCUCCUGAUACCUCACUAACACCUUCUGACUCCCCAUCUGCAAGUAAGUCCACCAGCAGAGAGGACCCAGCGAAACGUUGUCUCUUGCACAACAAGCCCCACCCUCUCCACAAAUGCCGUGGAUUUAGAGAUAAGCCCAUAGAGGAAAGAAAGGCACUCUUAAAGAAACAUGGAGUGUGCUACAAGUGCUGCAAAACCAUACUCCCUGAAAACAUGUGCGGGAACAAUAGAGACUGAAGGUAGACAGGCAUGUGGCUUCAUGGUGGAACCUGUGGAUGGCAGCAUUGUGCUGUCACUGCCACCAUUGAUUGAAUGCAACGAAAUCCCAAACAAUCGGAGGGAAAUUCCCUCACCCGAGGUCGCCUCCAGCCACACCCAUUUGAGACAUCUCGCAAAGCACAUCCCCAAUCUCGACCCACAAGCCCCCAUUUUGCUGUUGUUGGGCAGGGACAUAAUCAGAGCCCACAAGGUGAGAAGACAGGUGAACGGCCCACACAAUGCACCCUACGCCCAAAAACUGGAUCUGGGUUGGGUGAUUGUGGGUGAUGUGUGUAUUGGGGACA